AUGCCUUCACGCCACUGUAAGUGGUCGGCCGAGUUUGCCUCCCCUCCCUUCUCCUCCCCUUCCUUCUCCUCCAUUCCUGCCCCUUCCCUUGCCGCUUCUCUCCUCCCUUUCUCGUCCUUCACCUUUGCCUUGCCACCCCCAUCCAUCCACUCGCCUGUCCAAUCCCUUUCCCCCUUCAAUCGACUCUCCACUGCACUCUGCUUCUUCCCGCCGCUCUCCUCUCCUCCCUUCUUCUCUCCAUUGCACCCUCCCCUCAUCCCCCCCUCGCCUCUACCCCCGCAGACCCCACGCUUGGCUCUCCCACUUGCACCGCUGUGCCAACACAACCCCCUUCACGCCUCUCCUGCUCCACCAAUCCCCCAUAUCCUCCGUUCCUCCCACCCUCCUCCUCCUCCUCCUCCUCCUCCUCCUCCUCCUCCUCCUCCUCCUCCUCCUCCUCCUCCUCCUCCUCCUCCUCCUCCUCCUCCUCCCCCCCACUCUCCCUCUCUCCCUCCUCUUCCUCGCUCCCUCCCCCACUUCGUCCCCCUUUCUCUCCCGUUCCCCCACCCCCUCCCCUGUUCCCUCCUCCUCCCCAUUCUCCUCAUUCUACCCCUUCUCCGCCUCCCCCACCCCCACCGUGCGUUUCAAGCGGCUCACUCGCUUCUGCUUCGGUGUCUGCCUCUCCUUCCCCCCCGCCUCACACCCAUGCUCUCCACUUUGUUGCCUUCACCCGCACCCGCCCCUCCCCCCACUCUCUCCCGCGUCCCAUCCCCUGCUCCCCCUCGUUCCCCGCUCAUGCCCCUCUACCCGCACCUCUCCCCGUCUCGUUCCCCCUGGAGCCCCUGA